AUUCAUAAAUAUUCAUUCAUUCUCGCUAUACAUAUUCAUAUUUCAUUCGUUCUUUUCUGUUGUUGGCAGGCCAAGUCAGGGCUUUCAUACUGUCAAUUAAACCUAAAAAAACUGGAGUAUUUUCAGGACUUCAUAGGAAAGCAACAAAUAAUCACAAUAUCCUGUCAUGCCGGUUGCUGAUGAAAUUCAGUCCUCUUGGGCUGACGAAGUAGAGAUCGAUCAAGGAGCUCUUCCACCACCUUCAGAAGUAGUCGAAAAUGGAUUGAAGAUAGUAACUGAAUACAAAUAUGAUAAUGACAACAAGAAGGUUAAAAUUGUGCGCACAUACAAAAUUGAAAAGAGGGUGGUUUCAAAGAGUAUUGCUAAACGCAAGACUUGGAGCAAGUUUGGUGACUCCGCCAAUGAUAAGCCUGGUCCCAAUCCUGCCACAACCAAUGUGUCUGAAGAUGUUUUCAUGCAGUUCAUCACAAGCAAGGAGGAAAGCCAGCGUCCUGAUGAUGGUGAAUUAGAUGGCUUGAAGCCACAAACCAAUAGUGUGAUCUUCAAGUGUCGUAUUUGUCAAGGAGACCACAUGACUCUGAGUUGCCCAUUCAAGCACACUCAAAUUGCUCAAGCGAAGGCCACCGAAGCUGCUAAAGCAGCAGAGGCCAAAUCCUCCACGACAAAUAAAUAUGUGGCACCAUAUUUGCGAGAUGGCGGUGCUGGUCGCGGAACGGGUCGUGAGCCGCCAGGCGCGCGUCGUGAUGACGUUGCUGCCAUAAGAAUUUCCAAUCUCAGUAACUUUGCUGUUGAAGCUGAUCUUGAAGAUCUUGUGAAAGGGUUUGGACCUAUUCAGAAAUUGUACCUUGCUAAGGAAAAGAGUACUGGACAUUGCAAAGGGUUUGCCUAUGUUCAUUUCAAAUUCCGUGCUGAUGCUGCAAAAGCCAUUCAAACUCUCAAUGGAUAUGGUUAUGACCAUCUUAUUCUGAAUGUGGAAUGGUCAAAACCCCCUCAAAAUAACUAGCUACAUAAAAUUUUCUAUGUUGUACUGCUUGAAAAUUUUGAUUAAAAUUUGAAUAAAAUACUGUUAAUUUUA